GACGCCCUCCAGCCUCUACUUCAUGUGGUUCCAUAAAGGAAGAGCAGAGAGGGAGCCCCUGUCCCGUGCAGGGUACACCCUGUGCUACUCUGCUGAUAUCACCCAAAAUAUUGAGUCACAUUUUAGAGCUGUUUUUUUUUUUUUUCCUUCCUCACUUUCCUUCUAGGCUGAAACAAUGGAAGACCUUUAUGUGGCAAACACGAUAUUCGCCCUCAAUUUUUUCAAGCAUCUGGCAAACACCAGCUCCACCCCGAAUCUCUUCUUCUCCCCCUGGAGUAUCUCAUCCACCAUGGCCAUGGUCUACCUCGGUGCCAGGGGCAACACUGCAGACCAGAUGGCCAGGGUGUUUCAGUUUAACAAAGUUGGAGCCCAUGACGUCCCUGCAGUGACCCCGGAGAAGUUCACGGGCUGUGAACUCAUGCAGCAGAUCCAGAAGGGCCCUUAUCCUGAGGCUAUUUUGCAGGCACAAGCUGGAGAUAAAAUCCAUUCAUCUUUCCAUUCGCUCAGCUCUGCAAUCAACGCAUCCACAGGGGGGUAUUUAUUGGAGACUGUCAAUAAGCUGUUUGGAGAGAAGUCUGCGAGAUUCAAGGAAGAAUAUAUACAACUGUCCAAUAAAUACUACUCUACGGAACCCCAGGCGCUUGACUUCCUAGAAUGUGCAGAAGAAGCCAGAAAAGAGAUUAAUUCCUGGGUCAAGACUCAAACCAAAGGCAAAAUCCCAGACUUGUUACCUGAAGGUUCUGUAGACAGGGACACCAAGAUGGUCCUGGUGAAUGCUGUCUACUUCAAAGGAAAGUGGAAAACUCCGUUUGAGAAGAAAUUAAACAGGCUUUAUCCUUUCCGUGUGAAUGCGACUCAGCGCACACCUGUUCAGAUGAUGUACCUGCGUGAAGACCUGAACAUUGGAUACAUAGGGGACCUAAAGACUCAGAUUCUAGAACUCCCAUACACUGGAGAUGUUAGCAUGUUCCUGUUGCUUCCAGAUGAAAUUGGGACUAUGUCUACUGGCUUGGAGUUGCUCGAAAGGGAAAUAACCUAUGAUAAAUUCAUUAAGUGGACCAGCAAAGACACGAUGGCCGAAGAUGAUGUGGAAGUGUACCUGCCCCAGUUCAAAUUAGAAGAGCGUUAUGAGCUCCAAUCCAUUCUCAGGAGCAUGGGCCUAGAGGAUGCCUUCAGCAAGAGCCAGGCCGAUUUCUCUGGAAUGUCUGAAAGGAAUGACCUGUUUCUGUCCAAAGUGUUCCAUCAGGCCACUGUGGAUGUGAACGAGGAGGGCACUGAGGCAGCCGCUGGCACCGGGGCCACGAUGUCAGGCAGAACUGGCCACGGUGGCCCACAGUUUGUGGCGGAUCAUCCUUUUCUCUUCUUUAUCCUGCACAAAAUCACUAAGAACAUUCUCUUUUUUGGCAGGUUUGUCUCACCCUAAAGUGGAAAAGUUCUGUUUCUGCACAGGAUUUUGUAGUAUGAACUGUAAGCCUCGGAAUUGCUGUUAGUUGCCAAACAUUUAGAGACUUUUUCUACCUAUUUCUGGUUUUUUUCCCCCUCUGAACAACUUCU